AUUAAGCAUCGGAUGGUCAAGAUUGUUUACAAGUUCAAUAAUCAAUUAGUGUUUGUUAUACUUUUUGAGGCAAACACAGAGAAAGAAAGAGAGACACAGAGGUUUGGAUUGGGUGAAGAUAACAGAGAAAGAGAAAAAGCGCCGAUUUUUUUAUAUCUUUGCCUCUCAAACAUACACAUACAGACAUACAUUAUUAUUAUUAUUCAACUUGUAUGAUUAUCACCCUGUUAUUUCAUUUGUUUAUUUAUUUUGUUUUUGGAAUUUCAUUUCUUUUUUGGGCUUUCUCUUCAAUCCAUCGGCCAAAUAUGCUCCACUCUUUCUGAGUUUCUGAAGCUGUGCUGCCAUGUAACGGAAUUGAAGUUUACUCCUUGUAAUGUCUCUUUCAUUGUCCUACAAUUUUCUGUACUCUGUUUGGUUUCCCGAGAAUUAUAGCAUUAACAAAACUCGAACUUGGAUGCAAUCCUUAUGCACUGCUUAAUCGCAUUGGCCCUCCCUCCACGUUUCUCAGCAAUCAAACGGAGCAGAGCAUUUCUCAGAUCUUCUUAAAAUUUGCCAUAAUAAAUUCGCUUAUUGGUCAUUCAAAUGCAGGAUAUAAUCUGAGAGGAAAUACAUUGUUUUCGCCGUUCCUACUUAGAUCUUGCUUGAGACACAGAGAUAGAGAGAGAUGGAAAAGGAAGGGAAGAGCCUGAAAGGUUCUAAAGCAGCUGCAGAGACAGACUUUGUGUUACAGUGGGGAAACAGAAAGAGACUUAGAUGUUUGAAGGUCAAGAAAGAUCAAAACUUGAACCCCAAACCAUCAUCCGACUCUCUGGGGAAGAAGAAGAUCCCUGCUUCUCGUGCUGUCACUCUUGGCAAAGACUCUUCUUCGAUUCCUCAGCGUCUCAAUAAGAAUUGUGGUUCGCCAAUGAACAACAGAAAGUCGUCGGUGACAUCACCGGAGAAGGAAGAUCGAUACUAUACAACAAGGGGAUCACUGGGAUUAGAUGAGAAUGGGAAGGUUGUGGGAUUGGAUGAUCAUCGUCAUGGUCAUGCAGGGGACGAAGGAGGAGGCUUUGUUUGGCCAAAAUUGUUUAUUUCAUUGUCGAGCAAAGAAAAGGAAGAGGAUUUCAUGGCUAUGAAAGGUUGCAAGCUUCCACAGAGGCCAAAGAAAAGAGCCAAAUUGCUCCAAAGAAGCCUACUUUUGGUGAUGCCAGGUACAUGGCUAUCAGACUUGUGCCAGGAAAGGUAUGAAGUGAGGGAGAAGAAGGCUUCAAAGAAGAGACCCAGGGGACUGAAGGCCAUGGGAAGCAUGGAUAGUGAUUCUGAAUGAAAAAUGAUAAAAAACAGGCAACAAGAUAUGGCUUUUUCUUUUCAUUUUUGUUUUUUUUUUUUUUUGGUUUGUUUUUUGGGGGAGGAUCGGGGAGAGAUGAGCGUAUAUUUACCUUCUUUCUUUCAUGUUGUUGGGGCAAAAUUACUUCCUAGUUUUGAGAUAUGGAUAAUAAAUUUCAUUCGAACUCCCACUGGUUUCUUAGGGUAUAUAUAUAUAUAUAUAUAUUUUUUU